UCUCUCCAAGAAUUUCUCGCACGUCUACCACAAGUGCAUGGUUUUUUGCCGGCGUCAUAAUCUGUCCUGACGCCGCGAAUUCUAGCGAUCGUCCCGUUCAGAUCGUUGCAACGCUCUCUGAUCGUCAGCGCGUAUGGAUGACGCCUUGCAAGCGCUUCAGGAAUGGAAAGUAUAUGAUCAGAGUGCUUCCGCACGUACAGCUGGUGAACUGGAGCAAUGGUUUGAUUAUUACAGCAAUACGAAUAUUCCGUGGCUUAUACCCGGCUCUGAUCGCGAGUCCAUUAACGACGAGCUUGACGAGGCGAAAAUCGACCGACAGGUGGUUGCGACUGCAAAAGGCUGCUCCGUAUCCGAUGGGCUGUGUCUCUGUUGUACAUCGAUAUUGUCCACCGUCAACCAAGAGCUGUCCCUGCACAGGCCCUAUCCCUGGAAAAUCGUCGAGCCGACAAAUAUUGGAAGUGAUAGUGAGUGGGUUUAUUCCAAGGUGGACCAAGAUCACGACUCGAAGAGCAUUGAGGCGGGUAGUAGGAACGGUUGUCGCCUAUGUGUCUUGCUCUUCCGCAACCUGAAAAACGACCGAGUCUUGAAUGCUCUCCGGUCAAUCGAAGACCGUCUGGAGCGGCUAGACAAACUAAACGAUAGCUCCAAAGCCACACAAUCGCUCGUCAGAUGCAUGCUACGGGCGGAGUUCACGAUAAAUUCGGCCACGCCAUUCGCCCUGCGCUUCUAUUGUCCACGGGCAAUGCAUGGUGCACAGUCCAGUUAUCCGAUCAUCACACUGGACGUAUGGGGCCGGAGGGGAUGGUGUAAGCUUAGUCGCAUCCCGCUCGGGUGGAUCCACAUCCUGACGAUAUUCUAGAUAAAGCAAUUGAGCAUGCGAUUGAUCUCCCUCAAUUUUGGAGCAGGUACUGCCUGCUAAACCAUCAGAAUUGUCGCCCCACGGCACAGACUCAAGUCGCUUUGCCCACAAGACUGCUCUCCAUAUCUGAAGAUGCGGUCCGAUUGAUCCACACUUCCGACUGGGCAGAGCCUCUUCCCUACGCAACGUUGAGUCAUUG